AUGGGUAUGGAAGAACAGUCGAUCAUCUCUGAAGAAUCGAGUUCAUCUUCCUGUCGAUCUCUGCGCUCAUCUCUGAAGUGUUCUGUAAUUGUUUCAUGUGAAUCGAUUUCAUCAUGGUUAAGACUUCUGGCCAAGCUUCCACAUCAGGAACAGGAGGGAACACAAUCGACUUCAAUAUGCUUCGUUCUCUCAUGGAAUACAGGAUUUUUGGCAAUUUGUAAUGCUGACUGGCUAUCACAGAAAACGGGAAAAGGACUAGCACAUGGCACAGUUAGCUCCUCAAACAAUCUGCUUAACCAUACUAAUUCCCCUACUACUUUUCUAAUGGAUCUCCAGUCAGCAUUACAAAUUGCCAAAAAUCCUGCAUUCCAUGAGAGAACGAAGCAUAUUGAAGUCGAUUGUCAUUUUGUACGAGCUAAGCUUCAAGAAGGGUUAAUUUCAUUGCAUCAUAUUGGAACUGGUGAACAGCUUGCUGAUGUUCUAACUAAAGCACUCACUGGACUGAAGCAUUCAGCAAUCCUCAGCAAGUUGGAUCUGCUUGCUGCCCCUCCAACUUGA